UUCUAAUUCAAUCAAUUCAAUUUGUCAAGUACAUACAGCACUACGAUACUAAUUUAUCAAUUUAUUUUAUCGUUUACCUACUACUACCUUACAAAUGGAAUAAUAGAAUUUGGACUUAAACUAUCUUAUUGGAAUAAAUAAUCAUAUAAAUUAUAGUCUUAAAGUACAAUGAAAUGACACGAAUUAUGUUGGUUAGUUGGAUAUCCCAGUGACCCAACUAAAGGUUGAUAAGUGCAUCUUUCCUGUAUAGGUCUGUUCUAGUAAUAAUGCAGUACUCUUCAGACGAAGCCUAUGCCCGGCUCAUCAGCCACAAUAUGACUGUGCCACAAAGAAUUAAGGCUACAGGUGACAUUGUUGACGAAGACAGUGCGCCAAAUGGACUUGUGACAGGAUGGGACUAUUCAAAAGAAAAAUUUGAUAUGAAAGUGCCAGAAAGGAUACUUGUUGUUGGACAAGACCAGCAUGUUGGCACAAAAGCUCCACCACGAGAAAUUCAACUUGACAAUGCUGUUCUGCCAACUGACCCUGGAAUGAUUCGAGUGAGCACACCACCUCGUGUUAUAACUCUGGACCAGCAUUAUUUCCCAUCUGCUGAUGAUUUUCCAAAUCAAAUUCCAAAUUCCCCACCAAGGAGUUCCACAAGGACAUUUAGGUCACAAGGUGACGGAGCUCGCUCAACUACACCAAGACCUGACAAUUUUAAUGAGUCCACCAUGACAGAGUCGCAACUUGUGCUGAGAGAUCCAACACCACCCAUGGGUAAUGGGGAAGGAUUAUCCACAGCAGAGGAAAUGAUGCAUCUCCGACGACAAAUUGUGAAACUAAACAGACGUGUGAUGUCGAUAGAAGCUGAGCAGCUGCAGCGCCAGCAGAAAGAGAAGAUUGCUUAUGCUAUUGGUAUAGCAUAUUUGUUAUUCAAAGUCAUGGCCUGGCUUAAUAGAUCCUAAUCCUCAUAAGCGACAAUGUCAUUAAAUGUAAGAUGAAGUCCUUAAUGUAUUGUUGACUGCAUGAAGUUAUGUAGAAAUGUUUUGUCCUGCAGGUUGAAGUAUAAUAACAACUGAAAGGUUGAAGUAUAAUGAGUUAAAAUUUCUUAGCUUAAUUUAGGUAACUUUUUUUACACACUGUACAUUUCUGUAAUUUCUUGUACAAACAAUUACCUACCUAUUUGCAUACAAGUUAUCAGUGUAACACUUUGUGUAUCAUCUACUUUUAAUGAAUUGUUGAAGUAACAAGUGUCUACCUUUAGCAUAGAAGUAAAGAAAUGGGUAAUUUUAUUGAAAUAAACGAAUUAACUACA